AUGGCGGAAGAGAAAGUGAAAGAUGAAGCGAUGCAGAUCAUUGGAAUGUUUCAGAUCCUUCCGAGACUUGUCGUUUUUGAUCUCGAUUAUACUCUCUGGCCUUUUUACUGUGAAUGUCGUUCGAAACGCGAAAUGCCGUCUUUGUAUCCACAUGCAAAAGGUGUAAUGAGUGCUCUGAAAGAGAAAGGAAUUCAAAUGGCGAUUGCUUCCAGAUCUCCCACUUCAGAUAUUGCUAACACUUUCAUUGACAAAUUGAACAUUAAGUCCUUGUUCGUCACCAAGGAAAUAUUUUCGAGUUGGACUCACAAGACGGAGCAUUUUCAAAAGAUACACACAAGGACAGGGGUGCCUUUUACUGACAUGCUCUUCUUCGAUGAUGAGGACAGAAACAUUAAAUCAGUUUCUAAAAUGGGAGUGACAAGUAUCUUGGUGGGUGAUGGGGUUACACUUGGAGCACUCAGGCAAGGGCUUACUGAAUUUACUCAAAACCAUAACAGUAUCGAGAAGAAUAAACAGGUUUGGCGCAACAAGUAUUCUGGAAAGGCUGCAUCGUCUGAGACCGACAAAGACUGACAUUUUCCGGUUUCCAGAGUUGUUACACAUACCAUUCUAUGGUGAUGCACCAUUAUUUACUGCAAAUAAUUUGCAUGGAUACGUGAAGAUUUGUAUUGAAGAUUCUUGAUUAUACCGUACUGAUUGGAUCCUCAUCUAGCUCUCAAUACUGGUUUAGUUAUAUGGAUGUUUGUGUUUACUAUGAAACUCCCAGAAAAUGGUGGUGUUGGUGCCAAGUUGAAAUUAGAACUAUGUAUGUAUGAAAUGUAAGGGAGUACGUUAUAUCAAUCUCAUUCGUACUUCAACAACAUAAGAUUUUAAGUACCUGGAAAUAUGUUUUUCAACAAGUUGGGUAGAAGAAUAAACAGAACACUGUUGUUUGAGGUAGUCUCCGUAUAAUUAGAGUGGUG